CUUACAACUCAGCGGCGUCUGUCAUUCAACUACACAGUAUAAACGAGAGAUUUUACUUUGAGUGACUUGCUAACGUGGCUUUUUGCCGCCUACUCAGGUUAAAAUGACAGAAGAUCAGGAUCUGAUGGCCAAAAUCAGCCAGCUUGCUGGCCAGAUUAAUAGGCACAAAACCCAACAAUCUCAACCUGAGUCCCCCUACAGUAGUGAAAUAGCUCCAGGCCACCACGUCUCACGACAUGUUCCUUACCGAGGUCGCGGGUGGGCGCCUUAUCGUGGACGACACUACGCACGAGGACGUCAUGUAGCUCCCCAUCGCCACCGUACCCUCAUCCUCAACAACGCAACAUCAGGUACACCUGGAUCGGCUACUCCAGCUGGCACGGGGACUGAUACAGACGGUGAGGCGCGAUCUGCAACACCAAACGAAUGGGUUGUGAAACGCGAUCGUCAUAUGCAGCUCAUCAACACUUCGAUAUACGACAAAGAGACACAAGCGAGGACGAAGGCAAUGGAGGAGAGUCGCCAGGCCAAGGCGCAAAAGAGAGCACAGGUCGAGCAGGCUAGAGUUUUGAAUUACGCACAGGGUGUUGGCCGAGUGCAUCCUACGGGCUUCGCGGCUCCUCAGGUGUCUACUGCAGACCCGUCAGCGGAGUAUCAGGUUUUCGUCAACGAUAUACCGUUCCGAGUGUCGCGUGGUGGUGGCAAGCUAAUCCGGGUGUCUGAUAAUCCGAAUACUGCCAACGCUACGCCAAAACGAGUGACUGUGGCAGGCGUCGCUUUUGUCCGGAGCAAGAACGGAAAUCUCCACCGUUUGGGUGCUGUUACAUCAAAAAGAAAACCAAUGACGGUCAAGAAGAAGAACGCGCUUUGCCAGCGAUUUACUACGACGGGUACCAAUGCUUUCCCUACACGAGGCCCUGAGUGGCACUUGCCCCCAUCUCAUUAUUGUUUCAUCUUCUGCGGGAUCACGCUGAUCAGGAUCUUCAACCGUUUAGGCAGCUGCUACAAAGGACCAACAUGCCCCUAUAUUCACGACCCGAACAAGGUUGCAAUGUGCAAGGACUUCCUUCAGACUGGUCAAUGCAAUGCAGGUAUAAGUUGUGAUCUCUCUCACGAGCCUUCGCCCCACAGAUCCCCUGCCUGCGUGCAUUUUCUGCGAGGGCGCUGCUCCAACCCCGAAUGUCGCUAUGCCCAUGUUCGCGUGACCCCGGGCGCUCCUGUGUGCAGGGACUUUGCGGUUCUAGGAUACUGCGAAAAAGGUGCCGAAUGCGACCAACGACACGUUCACGAAUGCCCAGACUAUGCGAAUGAGGGCGUUUGCAACAAGAAGCGCUGCCGCCUUCCCCAUGUUGAUCGGGCCGGACAGAUCAGGAAAAACGCCGCUUCGAAGACCGAUGCUAUGGCCCAAGCGGAGGAGUCUGAUGCAUCUAGCGAGGAGGAAGAGUACGAUGAGAUUGACACGGAUGACGUCGAUUCGGACGAUCUCGAUGAGGAUGAGCCCCAACUCAUCGCGGCCGAGUCAGAUACUGGCGAGGUGUCGCAACAACAGGACUACAUCCGUCUCUAAACAUUCAUACCCACUAACCUUACUACAGACUGUAAUUGAAGUUGGCUUGGAUUUACGGAUACCCCAAACAGAGCAAGAAAAGGGCAAUGGCAAAAGGAAAGAAAUGCAAAUAAAUCAGAAAGAAAGAAACACAGAAUAAGAGGGAAAUAUAUCAUUACAUAGUGGCCAAUUAAUGCCUGCCUUGAAAGAUUGAUGCCUUACGGACUGUCGUGUUCCAGUCGCAGAUGAAGAUACCCAUAUGCGUUCAACAUAUUCUUUACUCGCAGACGGUGUGUAUACGAGUCUGUUUGACGAUCUUGGAUAAAUCCUAAGGGUUGGUAAGGGGUGACACUUGGAAUUGUAGCGCUACAUGAUGACGUCGUGUCUUGAGACGUGAAGCCAUAGGUAGCAUACCAAUGGAAAUGAAUAUCAUUUUUUUCUGUUUCUGUUUCUGUUUACUGUACCAUGCUACAUCCACUUACUUCCUUGCUGCAGACUUUGCUUCAGACUAGCCACACGUGCUGCCCAGGGUGAGUCCGGGGCGUCAGGCAGUACCCAUCCCCCUGUGCCCUCACAUGGCGACCCCAAGAGAGAGACAGAGGCAGACAGACGUGUGAGUCAUACACCCCCAACGUGACAGGGAGUCAGGUCGAAGACGA